UUUUCUGUUUCCGUCAGGAUUUUAAUAUUGUGCACACCCACGAGAAAGAGCGCUCUCCACACGUGAAGCUUUGGGAUGCUGUGAAUUUUCUCUGUUGUUGUAUUUAUUUGUCUCAUUUCCGUUCUAUAUUAUUUGAUUAUGGUAGAAAUAGAUGAGGAUCCCCAGUUGGGGUUUGAUUCUGACGAAGACGACGAUGAAUUAUCAGACGGCGAGCUCCAAGAAGCCUUCGCCACGGGUUUGCUUAAACCUGGAUUGAAUAUUCCUCUGGAUAAGCCAAAGCAAGCCAUCAACAAUGUGGAGGGUUUGAAGAAAUCCCUUGCUGAGUUUAAGAAGAGCCUUCCAUGGGCUGAAAGGCUUGACCUCACCAACCAGCCAGCUGUUGACAUCAUUGCAAAAGCAGAGGGCAAACAACAACAAUCAGAAGGCAGUGAAGACAUCAAUGCAGAGGAUGACUUUCAGAGGGAGAUGUACUUCUACCGACAGGCCCAAGCAACUGUUUUAUUGGCGCUGCCAAAGCUGCAUAAGCUCAAGAUUCCUACCAAGCGACCUGAGGAUUACUUUGCAGAGAUGGCGAAGACCGAUCAGCACAUGCAGAAGAUUAGGAAAAUGCUGCUGCUUAAGCAAACAGCGAUGGAGAAGUCAGAAAAGGCCAAGAAGCUCAGAGAACAGAGGAAAUAUGGCAAAAAGGUUCAAACACAGGUGAUUCAGAACAGGCAGAAACAGAAGAAAGCAAUGCUGUCUGCUGUGAAGAAAUAUCAGAAAGGAAUGACAGAUAAACUGGAAUUCCUGGAAGGAGAUCAAGAUCAGAGACCGAAAGGGUCAGCAGCAAAAAAGCAAAUCAACAAAAAAGGUCCCAAUGCUAAGAAGAAAUACAAGGAUCAGAGGUUUGGCUUUGGCGGCAGGAAGAAGGGCAGCAAAUGGAACACCAAAGACAGCCAUGAUGACAUUUCAGGAUUCAAGGCCAAAAUGGCUCAUGGGAAAGGUGGGAAAAAAGGCGGCAAAGGAGGCAAGACGAAUAAACGGCCAGGGAAGGAGGCAAGAAGAAAAAUGAAGGCACGCAAAUGAGCUGUAUCUUCAGUAGCUCUCACUGAAAUGGAUUGUGCCAUUAAAAAGACUCGUUUUUUUCAAUCUCCUCUAUUUCUUUUUACUUGGGUGAACUCGGGGCUGUGUUUUUUUUCCCCCCUGACAAACACCAUUGUAUUUUUCAAAAGACAUGAUGUUACCUGAGAGCAAUUGUUCCAGAUUAUUAUUUUUUUUUAAAUGUUUGUAUUUAGCAGACUAAUGUAAACACCACAAAUAAAACCCUUUCGGAUGGUGCCACUGCUUUUGGAAACCAUUUAUGAUCACCAUAACACCAUAAUGAUUCUCUUCAAUUUUUAACAUUAUUUCAUUUAAAAAUGUAUACCAUAGAUUUACAUGUAUUUUGCCUUGUAAUGUUUAUUUUUUAUUUAUUUUUUUUAUAAUAUGUAAAGAGACAGUGACUGUAAAACUAGUUUUCCCUAAUGUCUAGGUCCAGCAAGUGCACAGUUCUGUACUAAAUCAGUCAGCAAACCAAAUCUCUUUUCGCAGUAAUGUUUGUCUUCGCAAUGGGAAUAAACAUACUGCUUUAUCUGCUUA